UCACGAGUAACUGAUUUAGAGAAGAUCAAACAGAGAUGGAAGGAGUGUACUGCAAAUCUGUACAGUAGGGAUGUCAACAUCUAGAAGAUAUUCCCUACUUCCAAGAACCUCUAGAACAAGCAGAUGAAGUUAGAUCAGCACUCUGGUCAUUACCAUGUCGGAAGGCUACAGUCAAGGCUCUAACCAAACUAUGCCAGCAAAUUUGGAGAACGCCACAGUGGCCAGUAGAUUGGAAGAGGUCAGUCUACGUACCCAUACCCAAGAAAGGAGACUUAGCAGAUUGUGCAAACCAUCACACAAUAUCCUUAAUUCCACCUGCUAGCAAAAUAAUGCUCAGGAUCAUCCAAUGCAGAUUAGAACCCUAUGUGGAAAGGGAAGUGUUGGAUGUUCAAGCUGGUUUCAGAAAAGGCUGAGGAACAAGAGACAUCAUUGCUGAUGCCCGCUGGAUAAUUGAGAAAGCCAAAGAAUACCAGAAAGAAGUUAGUAUGUGCUUGAUUGACUGCAGAAAAGCCUUCGAUUACGUCGACCAUGUCAAGUUGUGGAAUAUCCUUAGGAAAAUGGGCAUCCCAGAACAUCUCAUUGUUCUCAUGAGAAACCUAUACACAGGAUAGGAAGCCACAGUCCAGACGGAACAUGGUGAAACAGACUGGUUCUAGAUCGGCAAAGGAGUAAGACAAGGCCGUCUACUUUCUCCUUCUUUAUUCAACUUAUAUGCGGAACAUAUACUGAGAGAAGCUGGAUUGGAAGAAGAUGAGCAUGGUUUUAAAGCUGGAGGAAGAAACAUCAAUAACCUGUGCUACGCUGACGACAACACUGUGAUAGUGGAGAAUGCAGAUGAUCUGCAAGCUCUAGUAAUGAAAGUCAUGGAGCACAGUGAAAAAAUGUGACUACAACUAAAUGUCAAAAAGACUAAACUAAUGACAAUGGGUACAGCAACCAGCCUCAGAAUUGACAAUGAAGACAUUGAAGUGGUGGAUAGCUUCUGCCUUUUAGGAUCAACCGUCAAGGAUCCCAUAGUCAAGAAAUAUGCCGCAGACUAGCACUUGGUAGGGUUGCAGUGAAGGGCUUUGAAAGCAUAUUUAGAUGCCGUGACGUGUCUACACCUACAAAGAUUAGAAUAGUUUGGACUAUGGUUUUCCCUGUGACGCACUCUAGAUGUGAAGGCUGGAUUGUGAAGAAGCAAGAUAGAAAAAGCAUUGACGCUUUUGAACUUGGGUGCUGGAGAAGACCUUUGAGGAUACCAUGAACAGCCAGGAAAACAAACCAAUGGAUCCUAGAACAAAUCAAUCCAGAAUUCUCACUCGAGGCACAAAUGACCAGGCUCAAACUAAUUCCUGGAGUCUGGCCAGCUCCAGAGUUAAUUAGAAUGGAAGAUCUGUCCUCAGAAGCGGCCCCUGGCUUCCCUGAGGCAGAGGAGAGUCCAUCGGACACCAGGCAGAGGACACCCUCACCCAGUAGGAUCUCACAGGAAGGUGACGGAGGUGCAGUCUUUGCAGCAGGUGAUAUUUUGGAGAGGAAAAGUGUGAGAAACCCCAGCGGAGGAUUGUUAGGAGCUGCCAGAUGGAAAAAGAGGAAACAACAGACACGAAAAACUGCAGCAAAAUGUAGGAACAGAAACGGAUCUUCUGCUUCUCAGCAUAGAAUCAAAAAAAUAAUGCAGAAUGAAAGAGAAAGAAGCCGGUGCCCUCCACGUAGGAAGAGAUUCAGUGCUGAAGCAAGCUUUCAACAUCAGCAGGAAAUGCACGCAGAGGAGAAACCACAUAAAUGCUUGGAGUGUGGAAAGAGCUUCAGCCAGAAAGGACAUCUUGUUAUGCACCAUAGAAUCCAUACUGGAGAGAAACCAUAUAAAUGCUUGGAGUGUGGAAAGAGCUUCAUUAAAAGUGAACAUCUUACUCUACAUUAUAGAACCCACACUGGGGAGAAACCACACAAAUGCUUGGAAUGUGGAAAGAGCUUCAGCCAGAGAGGACAUCUCACUAUACACCACAGAACCCACACUGGGGAGAAACCACAUAGAUGCUUUGAGUGUGGAAAGAGCUUCAGCCAGAGCGGAGAUCUUACUAAACACCAUAGAACCCACACUGGGGAGAAACCACAUAAAUGCUUUGAGUGUGGAAAGAGUUUCAGCCAGUGUGGAGCUCUUUCUCUACACCAUAGAACCCACACUGGGGAGAAACCCUAUGAAUGCUUGGAGUGUGGAAUGAGCUUCAGUGAGAGGGGAGCUCUUAAUAAACACCAUAGGACCCACACUGGGGAGAAACCCUAUGAAUGCUUGGAGUGCGGAAAGAGCUUCAGCCAUAGUAGAGAUCUUACUAUACACCAUAGAAUCCACACUGGAGAGAAACCAUAUGAAUGCUUGGAGUGUGGAAAGAGGUUUAGUCAGAGGGGAACUCUUACGUUACACCUCCGGACCCACACCGGGGAGAAGCCAUAUAAAUGCUUAGAAUGUGGAAAGAGCUUCAGCACGAGGGGAGAUCUUACUAAACACCAUAGAACCCACACUGGAGAGAAACCACAUAAAUGUUUGGAAUGUGGAAAGAGCUUCAGUACAAGUGGACAUCUUACAACACAUCAUAGAACCCACACUUUGGAGAAACCAUACGAAUGCUUGGAGUGUGGAAAGAGAUUCAGUGAGAGGGGCGCUCUUAAUAAACACCAGAGAACCCACACCGGAGAGAAACCGCAUAAAUGCUUGGAGUGUGGAAAGAGCUUCACCACUAAUGGAAACCUUACUUUACAUUAUAGAACCCACACUGGGGAGAAACCUCAUAAAUGCUUGGAGUGUGGAAAGACUUUCAGCCAGAGUGAACAUCUUAAUAUACACCUUAGAACCCACACUGGGGAGAAACCAUAUAAAUGCUUGGAAUGUGGAAAAAGCUUCAGCCAGUGUGGAGAUCUGAAUAAACACCACAGAACCCACACUGGAGAGAAACCUCAUAAAUGCUUGGAGUGUGGAAAAAGCUUCAGACAAAGUGGAUAUCUAACUAUACACCGGAGAACCCACACUGGCGAGAAGCCACAUAAAUGCUUGGAGUGUGGAAAGAGCUUCAGCACGAGUGGAAACCUUACUGCACACCACAGAACCCACACUGGGGAGAAACCCCUAAAAUGCUUGCAGUGUGGAAAGCACUUCAGUAAGAAGGGAGCUCUUACUUCACACCAGAGAACCCAUACUGGUGAGAAGCCACACAAAUGCUUGGAAUGUGGAAAGAGGUUCCGUGAGAGGGGGGCUCUUACUUUACACCAUAGAACCCACACUGGGGAGAAACCAUAUGCAUGCCUGCAGUGUGGAAAGAGCUUCAGGUGGAGUGGAACUCUUACUAUUCACCGGAGAACCCACACUGGAGAGAAACCAUAUAAAUGUUUAGAGUGCGGGAAGAGCUUCAGUCAGAGUGGAGAGCUUUCUAAACAUCAUAGAAUCCACACUGGGGAGAAACCAUAUAAAUGCUUCGAGUGUGGAAAGAGCUUCAAGCAGAGUGGAGAGCUUACUAUACACCAUAGAACACAUACUGGGGAGAAACCAUAUAUAUGUUUAGAGUGUGGAAAAAGCUUCAAACACAGUGGAGCUCUUAGUAGUCAUCACAGAACCCACACUGGUGAGAAACCACAUAAAUGUUUGGAGUGUGGCAAGAGCUUCAGUGAUCGUGGAUAUCUUACUAUACAUCAUAGAACCCACACUGGGGAGAAACCAUAUACAUGUUUAGAGUGUGGAAAGAGCUUCAGCAACAGUGGAUAUCUUACUAUACACCAUAGAACCCACACUGGGGAGAAACCAUAUAAAUGUUUGAAGUGUGGAAAGUGCUUCAAUCAGAGUGGAGCUCUUACUAGUCAUUAUCGAACCCACACUGGGGAGAAACCUCAUAAAUGCUUGGAGUGUGGAAGGAGCUUUAGGCAGAGUGGAGACCUUACUUCACACCGCAAAACCCACACUGCAGAGAAACCACAUAGAUGCUUGGAGUGUGGAAAGAGCUUCAGACACAGUAUAGCUCUUAUUAUACACCAUAGAACCCACACUGGGGAGAAACCAUAUAAAUGCUUCGAGUGUGGAAAGAGCUUCAUCCAUAGUGGAAAGUUGGCUUCACACCAUAGAACCCACACCGGAGAGAAACCAUACAAAUGCUUGCAUUGUGGGAAGAACUUCAGCCGGAGGGGAGAUCUUACCUUACACCACAGGAUCCACACUGGGGAGAAACCACAUAAAUGCUUGGAGUGUGGUAAGAGCUUCAGAAUGCGUGGACACCUUACUUCACACCAUAGAACCCAUACUGGAGAGAAACCAUAUAAGUGCCUGGAGUGUGGAAAGGGCUUCAGUGAUAGUGGAUCUCUUACUAAACACCACAGAACCCACACUGGGGAGAAACCAUAUAAAUGCUUCGAAUGUGGGAAGAAUUUCAAACACAGUGUAUCUCUUACUUCACACCAUAGAAUCCACACUGGGGAGAAACCUCAUUAAGGCUUGGGAGAAGGAAGGCACAUUCUAAUGCACAUCAAAAAGCUCUAAUGGUGUAUCAAUCCUACAUAUGAAACUGCAGGAAAGCCUGGGAAUCUGCCUCAGUUUGUGAAACAUAAAACCUUGUGUGAUUUCCUUUCUUUUAAUUAUUAUUUUGUCUUGCCAUUAUCCUUUUUACCCUGAGGGAAUUGGGAACCUGUGUUCAUAGAUGAGUCUUUGUUCCUUUGUUAUGAAUUAAACUGCAUAAUUGGUGCAAA